UCGCACACCUGGCUCCCGUCAGCCCUCACCAGCUGAAGAAACGCUGCCACGUCCACCCACACUACUCGAUCCCAGCCAACAUGGUGGCUUUCCAACGCAUCCAUUCAAUCAUAUGCUCAAUUCCAUGGAUCAUCAAGGCGGUGGUCCUGGCACACAAAUGAAUUCGUAUCCACCACAUCAAAUGCAAAUGGGUCAACUGCAACCGCCCGUAAUGAAUGGUGUCGGUGGUAUGCAAAUGGCACAGAGCCCCAUGAUGAAUCAUCAGACACAAGGACCAAAUCAAAUUGAAUCUCCAGGAAAUUUAUUGCAGCAGCAACCGCCUAAUUUUGAUGUACAGCAACUUUUCCGCUCACAAAAUCCCGGACUCGCUGCUACAAAUGCUGCAGCCGCCGCUGCUGCUGCGGCAGCUGCCACAUCGGCUGCGCAACCUGGUGCACCGAAUGGCACAAUGCAGCCCCAACAGAUGGCACAAAUGGCCGCCUCGCAGCAAUUUCUGGCCGCACAACAAAAUGCCGCCUAUGCAGCGCAACAAGCCGCACCCUAUGUCAUCAAUCCGGGUCAGGAUGCAGCACCCUAUAUGGGGCUGAUAGCUGCACAAAUGCCACAGUAUUAUGGUGUGCAAUGGGGCAUGUACCCGAGCAAUCUGAUACCGCAACAGGGCACACAGCCGCGACGGCCGUUGACGCCAUCGCAGCAGGGCGCUGAGAAUCAAUCGUAUCAGGUGAGUAAAAACAACUAAAACUUUUGCGUAUAAAUUUCA